AUGGUUUGGAAGACAAAUUUUGAUAAAUCGCUUCCAAAUUAUCUAUUUGAGAACAAUCUUGCUCCUCCUCAAUCUAACAUUAAUACCUAUGCUGGUAUUGAAGAGGACCAAAUGGCUGAUAGAUUAUUCAGAAAUGUUCAAGAAAGACCUCAAACUGCCCCAACUGCUUCUCAACCAAUUCCUUCAAACCUUAGAAGUCCAAUCAUGAGACAACAACCACAACAUGUGCAACAACCAAUGGAACAAUCUUUCAAUCAACAAUCCAUCCUUCACACUCCAAAACAACAACCAAGCACCCCACUAAACACUCAUCACAACCAUCCACAACCAACUCAACAUCAACAACAACCUAGGCCACAACCGCAACUCAACAGUCAAAGUACUAACUUCCAAUCUGUAUACCUCCCUCCUCCAAUACAAACUGAUAACCUUCCUCCAACUCUUUCUAAUACAUUGGAACAUAUUCUAAGACAAUUGGAUAUCAUUACACAAACUGUUAAAGUUAUGGAGGAUCGUUUAACACUGACGGAACACAAGCUCUCUAAAAUUGAAAUCAAUCAAAAGAAAAUUAUACAGAUGGAAUUGGCCAACCAGCUGGCUCAUAUGAAUAUUCAUACUCCACAAUUAUCAGAAAUUGAUGAAACUAAUUUAUAA